AUGAACUGGAUUCAACGGAAGAUCUAUCUCUACAAUGUCACCUUCGGGCUAUUCAUGUUGGAUUGGUGGGAACGUUGCCUUUUCAAUACGCUGAUGCUCGUGUUGAUCUGGUUCAUUGUGCGGUACAUUACUGACUUCUGCAGCAGGAUCCCUUCUCAGUUUUCAUCCUACCGUUCACCUUCUCCGGACAUCAAGUUCCCGAAGUAA